UGGCGAGCGGCCGGCUGGACGGCGCCAUGCGGAGGAGCCCCACGGCCGGGUCCGUGUGGGAGGCCGACACGUUGUCGUCCAAUAACCUCGAGGCCCGAGGACGUCACGAGCAGCCGGAUCCAAAGGAGAGCCGAGACUCCGAGGACCCGGGAGAAUACUGCUAUGGCGGGUACCACCCGGUCCAGAUCGGCGACACCUUCAACAGGAGAUACCAGGUGCUCUCCAAGCUCGGCUGGGGCUCUUACGCCACCGUGUGGCUGUGUGUGGACCUCAGGUGGCCAAUAGCUGACAUGUACACGUCCUCAAAUGCUUGCUGGUCAGACAUGUGCCUGGUUCUGGAGCUCCUGGGGCCCGACCUGAGGAGCUGGCAGCUGUGUUUUGGGAGUCCCGGACUGUCACGGUCUUCAGUCAAACAAAUACUCACUCAGGUUCUUCAGGGCCUGGACUACCUCCACACUCGUUGUAAAAUCAUCCACACGGACAUCAAGCCCGAGAACAUCCUGCUGCGUCUGGAGGAGCAGUCUCACAAAGGACCAGCAGGGGGCAGCAGCUCCUCCUCUGUACUGACUGGGAAAGAGGCCAAGACAACAGAGAAACAGCAGGUGAAGCCGCACAGUUUAAAGGAAAUCAAAGUGAAGAUUGCUGACCUGGGCAGCUCCUGCUGGGUGUACAAACAUUUCUGUGAGGAGAUUCAGACCCGUCAGUAUCGCUCACUGGAGGUUUUAUUGGGAUCCGAGUACGGUCCUCCUGCUGACAUCUGGAGCGUCGCCUGCAUGGCCUUCGAGUUGGCCUCUGGAGAAUCGCUGUUUGAACCCAAAGCCAGCGAGUCCAUUUCCCUGGCGGAAGACCACGUAGCCCAGAUCCUGGAGCUGCUCGGUCAAAUCCCACCAGCUGUUGCCUUGUCGGGUAAAUACUCUGCAGAAUACUUCAACCGCAGAGGCGACCUGCAUCACUUCGGCCCGCUCAGGCUCUGGAGCCUCUUCGACGUCCUGGUGGAGAAAUAACACCUGCCGUUGGAGGAGGCCACCGGAUUCUCAGACUUCCUCCUUCGAAUGUUGGACUACCAUCCGAAGAGGAGGGCCACCGCGGCACAGUGCCUCCGCCACCCUUGGCUGACCUCCUGAUCGCCUCCCAACGGACCCCACAGGGCGGCGUCCCCCCCAUCUGCCGUCGUCUCGCAGCUCGGCCGGGCUGACUUGUGAACGAGCACCGGCCACAAACUCAAUCUGUGAGACGUCAAACAAUGCUUCGGGUAUCUUUGAGGUCUUCAGACCUUCUAGAGGAAACCAAAGAGCUACUCACUUUAAUUUGUGAAUUCCUGUAGAAUCUGGUGUUUUACCAAUGCAGCACUUGAUGAAGAGUAGGAUGCUCUUCCCCACUGGAGCCCCAUUGUGCACUUUAUACUGCUGAGGCAGUGUAUUUUAAAUUUUAAUUGUGUACAUCUUCUCUAGUGUAAGUCCUGUAUGUCUGGAGCUACUUGUAGGACUCAAAGGUCUGGCUGAGGGAUCGUUCCUCGUCUCAGUGUGAUGAAUAUUAUGCUUUUUUUAAAAAAGCAUACAUUUCAUGAUCAUUCAUAUUAAUAAUACUUGAGAACUAGGGCUGGUAAUCUUGAGAAAACUACGCUGGAUGUAUAUAAAAUACUCCGGACAGCCCAGUCCCAGUCAGCAGCCCGUCCCCUUCAGGCCUGCCUCAAAAACCAGUCCCCCAAAUAAUGAAAGCAAACAAUGAACAUGGUUAUUGUUAGUCCUCACAGCGGUCAGACGAGCAUGGAUGGAAAGGCAGGGAGCCUUAUGUCCAAUACAAGCAGCAGACACCUGAUUA